AUGGGUGCUUCUCCUCAGCUAGUAUUAGAUAAUGAUGAUUAUAAGGGGCUUGGCGGGGAUAGGGAUACUUAUUCGAAUGAAAGGUUGAUGGAUGUUUUGGUUAUAUUUUGGGUUUUGGGGUUUUUGAUGUUGGGGUUUGGGGGGGGGGGGGGUCGUUGA